AUGUUAGAGGAAACUAAAAAGCUGAUUGGUAAAUCCCUUCAGCCAGCGCGACCUUUGCGUCAUUUAUCUUCACAGAAUGUGAUUGCUUUCAACUGUCAGACUGCAUUACCUAGCAACACUGAAGUGUGCUUGCAGAGUGAGGUUGGCUGGUGGUCUGAAAUGACUGGAAUGAAGAUCUUAACUCAAACUAUGAUACCCAGUCAACCAAAACCAAAUGAAUUAGAAGAAAAAAAAGAAAGAAUCAAAUACAGCAGAGACUUUCUUUUAAAGCUUUCAAGUGUUUCACUCUCUCAAGAGAAGCCAAAGUUUCUUCCUGAUCAUCCAAUUGUACUUGAAAAACCCGAGAACAGCAACACUUUUAUUGGUUUAUGCAAGAAGUGAUAGGUUGUUUGGAAGAUGAGAGAUCCAUCAGUGAAGGACCUACAUGUGAAGCAUAUUUUUACAGAAGAUUUUUAAAGGCACUUCAGUGUCUACAGAUGAAAACAGGACCGUAUGAAAUCUAUGGAAAUGCCUAUUUCUAUCUGUAAUAGCCUGAAUGUUUUGAAAGUCAAACCUUUAAUUUGUAAUGUCUGAGAUAGUAAUACAGUUAUAGUGAAAGUAAAUAGUUUUAUGUUUCUCUGUGACAGACUUUUCCUUGAAUCAGCUGUGUUAUCUAACCAUAUAGUUUGUUUGACUGUAAACUUUAAACUAAUACUUGAAUUGACUUUUUGCUUGUUCCCUCUCUCUUCCUUGGCAGUAAUAAUGGAACAAUAACUACCAGCUGUAUCAAACUUCAAAUGACUUAGGCUUGCAUGCUUCUUAAUUUUUUAGAGGGUCAAAACUUCACUUGUUUUUUCUCUUCACUUGAUAACUCCCUUUUGACACAAGAGAUGCCUUAAUCGUCUGUGUAUACAUACCCUCUUUCAAGCUAUGAAAUAUCUUGUUAUUAAGUCUCCCUAAAACUAAAAAUCCUUCAUUACUGGUCAGUACAAGAGAACUGUCUAAGCACUGCAUUUCCUGAAGUUCUUCACAAAUACUGUUUGUCUAUUGUUUUUGACUUUACAAAGUAGAAAUAAUGGGAGAUAUUCAAGAACAAGACAACACUUAAUCCCUUGUCUCAUAUGGGGAAAGUGUAUACCAAUACAUAGUGGAUGGUGUAACCUUUUUUCUUAAAUUAGAAUAGUCUUAAAAAGAAAAAGGAGAGCAGUCGUUUUGUGUGUUUUCUGAAAACAUUUUUUCAGUUUACAAGCUUCAGUAAUAGUUGUUUUAUAUGAAUAUAAUUGUCUUCAAAAUUGUCUGCAUUCAGACUUGCCAUAACAUCCUUUUGAUGCCAAAGGCACUUUUUUUAAACCUUUCUGGCAAAUGAUAAUGGAAAUUAAAAUGGAAUAUAUUGGAUAGGAUUGCAAUAGCACUACAAGCUUGCAGGUUACACUUGAUAAAUACUCAAUUUCUUUUCCCCCGAAACUAUGCAAAUAAGCUUGUCCUGCAGAUUCUGUUUCUGUUAUAUUUAGCAACAGUUUGACAAUCACUUUAAAUUCUGUCUAUGUGGAUUAAAAUUAUCUUGCAAGUGUUUUUUAUUUGUGUAGUGUUUACAAGUCAUGUUACAGAGAACUGAAAUCUGCUCAGCUUUUUUUAUUACUAGGAGCAUUUUAGA